AUGUCGUUCAUGAAGUGGAAAGCGAUGCAAGAUAGGUACUGUGUGAAAUUUGUCCGAGUCUGUGAAGUAAUCACAAGUGAUAUCUGCAACCCCGGGUUGCCCGUCCUGAUGCAACUCACCAAUAUCCACACACAGAACAGCCACCCUCGGUCCAUCAACCAUGGUUGCAAGAUCGAUCAUCGCAGAUCCCGGGAGAAUAAUAGAGCCGGGAUAAUUAUUGAUGGGGGGAUGAUUCCAGCACAGAUUGAGCUUCUCCUUGGAGCUGAUCAUCGCCUGGCACGACUCCACCGGUUCGUGGGCCGGAGAGUGAAGAAUAGGAGAAUUCUCACCACCCAGGAGACGCUCGGUUCUGUCGGCAGGACAUCGACUCCCCUCAUCACAAUCGGGGACGGUGGCGGUUUACACAAGGAAUUCGAUUUUUUUGCGUGUCGCAUCCCCUCGGUGCCAAGAGAAUCACCGCUGCCAUGA